GGACGCGUUCUUUCACGAGGCACCUCUUGGUCUUCGCGUCUUGAAAACAUUUUAAACGCGUCUUCAUACCGCUGUUCUCCGCGUUCGUUAAUCGUUUGUGAAGUCCACAUGCUAGAACCCCCCACCGGAACUCUUUCAGUUCCCCUUUAGGUUACGUUCAACUGUAAACCCGACUCAGAAACCCACUUCCACUUUCCUCAACUAAUCUCACUCUGUCUCUCUGUCCGUGAGCGUCUGAAGAGCUCGGGAUCCCGCAUCAUCCAGCAUGUCUCUCCCGCAACAGCUGCGCGAUGAAAGUGAUUUCGACCAGCUUCCGGACAACGUCCCAGUCACUGCAACCAUUGCUGAUAUUGAGGAAAAGAAAGGUUUCAUUGUUUACUAUAGGUUCGUGAUUGAGGUGAAGACCAAAGGCAACAAUAAAUACCUGAUCUACAGAAGGUAUCGUCAGUUCUUCACCCUGCACCAGAGUUUGGAGCUCAAGUACUCAUCUGAAGCCCAGCCGGGAUACUACACCUGCCAACUACCUUCGCUGCCAGGUAAGGUGUUUAUGGGACACAAAAAGGAGAUUGCAGAGAGCAGAAUCCCAGAGCUCAACAAUUACAUGAAGAGGUUGCUUUGUCUGCCUACCUGGAUACUCUUGGAUGAUCUGAUACGGAUGUUUUUCUAUCAGACUGAGUCGGACAGCCAACAGGUCCCCCGGGUCCUGCGCCGCCUGCGGCCCCCCACACGCAGAGUAAAAACCGUAAAGCCCAAAACGGACCUUCUCUCCGCACCCAGAGCAGAGGCGGUGUUUGACUUCAGCGGCAGCGGACGCCUGGAGCUCAGUCUGAAGGCUGGAGACGUGAUCUUCCUCUUGCGGAGAGUCAACACAGAUUGGCUGGAGGGCACAGUGAGGGACAGAACUGGAAUCUUUCCGGAGUCGUUUGUGAACAUUAUUAAACCUCUUCCAGAAAGUGACUCUGACGAAGAGGGCGGAGCUUCCAAGAGCGGGAAUCAUGCUCAGAGUUCAUACAGUUGCUUGCGCUGCUAUCUGCUACAGCCAGAGGGCAUCGACACAAGGGACAUUUGUGUUGAGGAAGAUCUCUCUACUCAACCGUCUUAUGAAGAUCUGCUUUCCCGAAUGAGGGAUGUCUUUCAAGUGGAAGAUAUUGCUUUGAACUACAGGGACCCUGAGGGCGAUCUGAUACGGAUAUUAGACGAUGAGGACGUCACUCUCAUGGUGCAAGAGAGCAAACAGACGGGGUCGAAGGUCAAACGGCCCGUGAAUCAGUUUCCCUGGGAGCUGCUGGUCACGCAUGCCAAAGAUCUAUCCGUCUACAACCACGAGGAUUGAAGCGAUGUUCAUUUCCAAAUCAUUGCACAACGUUUCUUAGUUUAUGUGGUUUCAGAUUGAAAACUAUUUUUGGUUACUAAAAGGGAUAAUUUUCACAAUAAUAUGUAACAUUUUUGACAUAUUUACCUGUCCUUGAAUCGUUUGUGACAUUUGAAGCAGAAUCAGUUGAUCCAGUCUGAAUGAUUCAUUUAUGAAUCAGAAUGAUUCGGUUCACAGAGUCACUGAUUCACUGAUUCACUGAUCAGGUAACAUCAGUUCACAGAUCACUGGAAGAUAAUCAGUGAAUAAUAACAACUCAAUUGUCCAAAAAAAUACUAAAUGAUUUCAGACCAGUGUUAUUAUUAAUAUACUAUUAUAGUUUUUAUACAUUUCAUAGAGAUUUUAUUUUUCAUAUGAUCUGGUUUGUUUGUUUUUUUCUUUUGGUGUUUGUAAAAUUUUGGUAAUUGUUUUUGUGUUUUUCUUUUACUGUUUUGCCUUUUUAUAUUUAUUUUUAUCUAAUGGUUUGUUUCAGUUGUUUUAGUAUUUCAAUUUAAACUAAACUAAAUAAGAAAUGUAGCCUUGACAACUAAAUAAAUAAAUUAAAAAUA